AUGACAUCUAAUCAAGAUUCAUUUACAAAAGGAAAAACAAUAAAAAGACAACAUCUUUUUAUAAAAGAUUUAAAAUCUCUUAUGUAUGCCUUUGGUGAUAAUAAACAACCUGCGCUUGAUUCAGUAAGAAUACUUGAGGAUAUUGUUAUAGACUAUAUAAAUGAAAUGUGUCUGGAAGCAGCUCGUAUUGCAGGUACUAGAAACAAAUUAAAAGUAGACGACUUUAAAUUUGUUUUAAGAAAUGAUCCUCGUAAACUAGGUCGCGUGGAAGAACUUUUAACUUUACAAAGAGUAAUUACAGAAGCACGAAAACAGUUUGAUGACAAGGAUUAA